UAAACCACCGUGGGGACUGUCCCUGGCUCUAAGGCUCCCACGUCCCCUCCGCCGAGAUGUGGCACCUGAAGCUCUGUGCGGUGCUCAUGAUCUGCCUGCUGCUGCUGGGCCAGGUGGAAGGCAACCCAGUACCAGAACUGAGCUCAGUCAAAAGAAGGCUGCGGAGAAUGACCCCGUUUUGGAGAGGCGUUUCCCUCAGGCCCAUAGGAGCCUCCUGCCGGGACGAUUCUGAGUGCAUCACGAGGCUUUGCAGAAAGAGACGCUGUUCCCUGAGCGUGGCCCAGGAGUGACGCGCUCGCCCUGGAGAAGCGACGGCAGCACCUGCGACAACGCUCCGUUCUAUGGAACGCUGCGGGCGGCGCCGCGCCCGGAGACCCUAAGUGAAGCAGCCUUGUGUUUUUAAUAUUUAAAGACAGACGUAUGCUUUAAAUAAGUCUCCAUUUCUUCUUAGAAUGUCAGUAUGUGGAUGAGUGUUAACUUGUCAAUUUAGAGUUUAUUUUUCUAUGGAUAUUAUUAAAUGUCUCAAAUGGAAAUUUCAGCUGUCUGGGAUCAAGCUCUGAGGGGAAGGGUCCACUCUGUAAUCAGAACCAACCAGCGUUGCCCAGGAACGACGUGAUAGCGUCUCAGUCUGGAGAGCGUGGUGAGAGCGAGUUCGGCACCGGCUAUGCAAUGCGCCUUGGCAAGUUCCUAAGGUGGGCGAGGUUGGCACUUGCCCCCUAAUGAUGUGCCCACGUUCGUCUGUAACUGUCUCAACGUAAGGCAGAACUGGAAAAACCUAGUUUAAUAAAACAAUGAAAGCUCAAGCCACCACGAACACCAAGGAGGAUCUGAGGUCUCUGUGGGGCAGAGCACAUUCUGACCUGUGCACAAGGCCCCUCGCCAGCGAGUUCAGAAUUUCUGUGUCAGAAAAUGAGACCUGGGCUGGUGGGACCAGACUUUUAGAGAAGUGUACGUACUACUGGACCCUAAAAUGCAAAACAGGAGUUGCAUGAAAAAGGGCAAAGUAAGAGUUGAAGUGUAAAGAGCACAGUGUUUAUAAACUUUAAUACAGAAAAUCUAUUUGAUAUUUAUUAAACUUAGUUUCUCCA